AUGUGGAUUAUUGCGCGAAACAAUUCCAUCCCUUCUCAGAAUCUGCCAGCUCUACUGUUCAUUGUUGUUAGCGAGGAAAUAAGACUGAGCGAACUACACUGUUCAAGUGACGUAAGCCCGGAACAGCUUUCUUUGCAUCCUCUAUCCAUGCGUCUCGGUGUGAAUGCUCAAAAUAAACUGCAAGCUCCCUUCUUUAGCGGAACUUUUGAACGUAUGGCAUCAGACGACAUUGUGCACUGUAAUGGCAAGGAGCAGGCAGAUUCAGACAGUGCACUCGGGCAAUUGUGA